AUGAAAAUAAAAGUUGUACCAUCAAUUGAUGUUAUUAUUCCAAAAAAUCAAAAUAUUUCAUGGGAACAAAACACUAAAUUGAAACAAAAUAUUUCAUCAGAACAAAAAAUUGCAUGUAUCGUUUAUAUAAAAGAUAGAGCUGGUCGUUUUGGUAAUCGAAUGUUUCUGGUUGCAAGUGCUUAUGGUCUUGCCCGCCUUCAUUCUUGUCAUUUAUAUAUAGAACUAAAAAUUAUCAAUGAAUUGAAAUCAGUAUUUAUUCUGGAUCUGUCUCCAUUACUUAUCUCGUCAUCGACAUUCAAGUCUCUUACUCGUAACCGUUCAAAACCAAUGAGUAGAAUUAGUAAGGAUGUUGUUUGUGAUUAUAUUACAACAUUAACCCGUCCAAAUGCAAUUCCACCAGGAACGAUAUUUGAACUUGAAGGUCAUUGGCAAUCAUAUUCACAUUUUGCUAAAUAUUAUGAAGAAAUUCGUCAACGUAUUUUUGUUCCUUCACAAUCAAUACUUAAGAAAGUUUCGAAUUUUUUCAUUGAGUUUUAUCAACGACAACUAGGUUAUAGACCUCAAUUUGUAUUAGACAAUCAUCAAACAUUCAAAAAACAACUAUCUCAAUUUAAUUCGACUACAUGGAUUGGAAUUCAUGUACGUCGUUCAGAUUUUAUACCAAUAAAUUAUUCUUCGAAUGAUGCUUAUUUAUUUGAUGCUAUUAAAUAUUAUAGUGCUCGCUAUCCAGAUGCUCAUUUUAUAGUUGCUAGUGAUGAUAAAGUUUAUUGUAAGAAGCUCUUUGGUGAUCGAUCAAAUAUUUUUCUUACACCUCGCAGUUUUUCGUUUGGUGAUGAUUUAGUAAUUCUUUCACUUUGUCAACAUUCGAUUAUAACUGGUGGAACAUUUGGAUGGUGGAUAGGUUAUCUUGCUGGUGGAGAAGUCAUUCAUGAUAAAGCUUAUCCAUCUGGAUGUUCAAGACGUGAAUAUUAUUAUCCACCAUGGUUUUUAAUAGAUGGAAAUGUACGUGCACAUAGAACUUCUGAAUAUAUUUUAUGA